UUUACUGCUCAUUCUCAUCUCUCAUUAUACCCUGUAGUGCACAUGUGUACUGUCUUUAAGAAUUGUAUGUAACCAGUAGAUGUCUAGAGUAAAAAAAUUUAUACACUAAUGCAAACUACUGAAUAAUAAUAUUUUAAUUAUACUAUUGUUAUUUUGCAAUUAUUGAAAAUAAUCCUCGUGUUUAUAAGUUCGAUUUUCAAAAUUUAUGGAGUUGAGUUUCCUGUCGGAAAAUAUAAAAAAAGUAGGCGGCAAUAUUUCUGGUUAAAAAUAUUUUCAAAUGGAGUCUGAUUCGGCACCAAAAAAAAGACAAAGACUAUUAUCGACGUCUAGUCAACCGCCGACGAAUAUUUCAGUUGUCGAGUGCGUUCGUCAGUUUGCCCUGCCCCAGACAUUUCCUAGUAUGAAACCCAGUAAAGACAACAGUGAUGUCAAUGGAACAGUAAAACCAUCAGCAGGAUCAGGAAAAUUGCAGAAGUUAAAAUUAAAAUCACCAGAUGGACGUGAACUCGGAGAAUUCGACGUUCAAAUUCUGCCAAAAGAUACACCAGCGACUAAUAAAAACGGUAAAAAAAUAUCAUUCUCAUUAGAAACACCGAUAAUGACCACAAGUAGUCCUACUGACACUAUUGCUAACAGAGACAGCAAUACGUUGGUAGCAACAGCAACGACACCAAUAAAUAGCAAUCAGUCAUCACUACUUAAAGUACCACCAGGUUCUACGUACAAAUCAUUGAACAAAAAUCCAUAUUCAGCAAUAAAAUAUGUCCUGCCACCAAGUAUGAAAAAUGUCAAGGCUCAAAUGAAUGAGCAAUCAUCCGUACCUUCAGGUCUACUGAUACCACUGGGUUCUAAUAUUGUAACUAAUCCUAUUUACCUCGACAACAACCAAGUGCUGUCAAGUGCUGACAACAAUGAAGACGACAAUGACUCGAAUGAAAUUGUCGUCAAAUCAGGCAACGGCUGGAGACUACUCCAAAAAAGACCUAAUUCAGUUACGACUAUGAGAAAUGUACAGACCAAUGGUGUCAAUAGAAAUAUUGUUAUUAAUAAUAAAAAUGGGGAGAAACAAACGUUACUACGUAAGGGCAUGUCGUUAUUGAACACUGGCCAGAAUUCACCUCUUAGAAAUAUUAAGAACAAGAACAAAAUACAAGCCAAUGGUAAAGUUAAUGGGCAUUUAAUGAGAAUCGCUGGUAAUAAAAGAACAUUCGAUCAUGGGUACACGAUAGCGACCGGAAUGAAUGAGCCGAAGUUGAUAAAUUACAUUGAUAAUAAUUCAAAUGGAAUUAUUAACAUAAACGAUGAUAAUUUAGACAGUAAUACAGUUUAUGUUGUACAGAAUGAGGAUGAUUUGGUGGAUCAAGAUCAAGAUCAAGUAGAAAAGGAAUUGGAAAAUCAGAGUACAAAACAGUCUUAUACAUUAACGAAUUCACAGGGUAGAGUUAAUUUAAUUAGACGGGGUAGUAAUAGAAAUAAUAAUAAUAACAGUAGUAAUAAAUAUGACGGUAAUGUUUCGCCAACGCAGACCAGCAGAUCGUCGUAUUUGCGAGACGAUUUGACAGAUGAUGAAAUAGCCAGUAAACUGAGUGUCGUUGGAGAAGCACUCAGUACAGUUAGCGAUCACGACUUGAGAGAACGAGCGCUGAAAGCUUUAGCUGAAUGCGGUAUUGGGAUGGAACGUUUUGUUCCGAAAAAACCACCGCUUAAUUAUCUGUCUGUAAAAGAAUCCCAGACGCAGACGAAUGUCUUUGGAUUACUUGAUGAAAAUAAUUUUAUCAGCGUAACCGGUGACACUGACAGCAUAAUGCGGUUACAGGAAAUAGAGAGACAAAUAAUUGUUGAUGAUACCAAAGUAAAUAAGCCGUCUGUUGAUAUUGUCAAGUUCAAGCAAGAUCUUGAUAAAGUAUUGGACGGUGAUUGGGUUAAUAAACCAAAUAUAGAACAAGUUAAGGAAUUGUUGAAAGUAAAUCCACUGGUUGAAAAAGCUUACAAGCUAUUGGAACGUGAGAUAAACAAUUGUAAAAAGUAUGAUGAGAAUGGGUUACUGAGUAUUCAUAAAGCUGUUUUAAAAAACAAUGAACGUGCACUAAAGAGACACAUCAUGGUGCUCAGAGCUUCCAAAGAAACCGUUGAUAUUCCUACUAAAGAUGGACAGACGAGUCUUGAAUUGGCGAUUCAACAUUCAGCAUCAUCCGAAAUUGUACAGUUAUUACUAAAGAAUGGGGCUAAUCCUGUGUCACCUGAAAAUACUCAUGACUCGGCUUUAACUAUCGCGAGUAGAAAUACAUCAGACUUUUUACCUCAACUUGUUAGAUAUUUAUCACCAAACAAUCCGGCAAUUAAUAAUGUUGAUUCCGAAGGUUUCACAGCCUUGCAUCACUGUUCAAGAAAUGGAGAUUUGAAGGGAGUCAAAAGUUUACUGAGUAUAAAUGCCGAUGUUAAUGCCCGGGACUGUAAGUCUGGUAGAACAGCAUUGUUCCAUGCCUUUGAAAAUGAGUACCUCACAAUCUGUAAAGAAUUGUUGGUCGCUGGAGCGAAACCGAUUAUUCCAAACUACAGUGGACAUACCGUACUUACUAUUUUCGAUGAAGAAAAACAUUUUAUGUUAAAAGAAUACUUUACGAAAAUUCCGAAAUAAUUUAAAAAAUUAACUAAAUUUUUUUCUUCAUUUUUUUACAGUUUUAGUUUUUUUACGACAGUUUUAUUUAAAAGUAAAUAAUUAAUUUUGUACAAUACACAUAAAUCAUGUUUAUUCUUACAUUGAUUUAUAAUAUAUUAUAAAUACUGCUAUCAAUAUUAUUUGAAAAAAAAAGUAAUAAUAAUCAUUGAUGAACAAUAGGCUCGUGUAGUGGAAAAUUUAAUAGUAUUAUUUUUUUAAAAUAUUUUGACAGUAUAUUUAUUUUAUAAAGUUAUAAAACUGUUUUUCUGUACCCGAUUGUAUGAUAUAUAGAUGUAUUAAUUAAGUUAUC